AUGGAAAAUCAAAACAAUGUAAGUGAAUUCAUUCUUUUGGGUCUUACAAAGAACCCAGAGCUACGGAAAAUAUUCUCUGCUGUGUUUCUAAUCAUGUAUGUGGCCACCUUACUGGGAAGCUUACUCAUUGUGGUAACUAUGACUGCAAGCCAGAGUCUGAGGUCACCUAUGUAUUUUUUCCUUACUUCUUUGUCACUUAUGGAUACCACCUAUUCUUCUGUCAUAGCUCCCAAGAUGAUUGUGGAUUCCUUCUCUGAGAGUGCUACCAUCUCCCUGGAAGGCUGCAUGAUCCAGCUCUUUGCAGAACAUUUCUUUGGUGGGGUGUCAAUCAUCCUUCUCAUCGUGAUGGCCUAUGAUCGCUACGUGGCCAUCUGUAGGCCCCUGCACUACAUGACUGUCAUGAAUUCUCAGGUGUGCUGCCUGCUGCUGGGAGGGGCCUGGGUAGGCGGGUCCAUGCAUGCAACAAUACAGCUUCUCUUCAUGUAUCAAAUACCCUUCUGUGGUCCCAAUGUCAUUGAUCACUUUAUGUGUGAUUUAUUUCCAUUGCUGACACUGGCCUGCAUGGAUACCUGCAUGCUGGGCCUCUUGGUCAUCCUCAACAGUGGAGUGAUGUGUGUGACCAUCUUCCUUAUCCUCAUUGCCUCCUACGUGGUCAUCCUCUGCUCCCUGAAGUCUUGCAGCUCUGAAGAGAGGCACAAAGCCCUCUCCAUCUGUGGCUCCCACCUUACAGUGAUUGUCUUGUUCUUUGUGCCAUGCAUUUUCUUGUAUGUAAGACCAUUGGCCACUUAUCCCAUAGACAAAGCAAUGGCUGUGUCCUUUACCAUUGUUGCACCCAUUUUAAAUCCCUUGAUCUACACCCUGAGGAAUGCAGAGGUAAAAAAUACCAUGAAGAAACUCUGGAAGAGGCAACAAAUCCUGGAUUGUCACUAGCUUCCAUGCCAUGAACAAAUUUUUCCUAUAGGUACAGCGAGGUCUCAUCCUCCACAUUCAAUCAAAUCUCUUGCUUGUACAAUACUAAGUGGCAUCUUUUAAGCAUACAAAUCUGCUCAAGACACUGCAGUACUCUGCCUAACCACAUU